AUGGCCGCCAGAUCGCUGGAGAGGGACAGCAAUGGCCAGCCGCGAUUCCCUGGUUGUGGCAGCAUCCGUGACUUCGAAUUCCUCGGCAAGCUUGGAGAAGGAACCUUUGGUGAGGUUUACAAAGCGCGAGCUAAGAAGGACAAUUCGCUCGUUGCGCUCAAGAAGAUCCUCAUGCAUCAUGAGAAGGAAGGCUUUCCCAUCACUGCAAUUCGAGAGAUCAAGCUGCUGAAAGCUCUAUCCCACAAGAAUAUCCUGCAACUCAAUGAAAUGGCUGUUGAACGGAGCAAAGGCGAGGGACGCAAAAAGCCUAGCAUGUACAUGGUUAUGCCGUACAUGGAGCACGAUCUCUCUGGACUUUUGGAGAACCCAGCUGUUCAGUUCACGGAGCCCCAGAUCAAAUGCUACCUGAUGCAGCUGCUUGAGGGUCUACGCUAUCUGCACGCGAACAACAUCCUGCACCGAGAUAUGAAAGCUGCCAACCUACUCAUUAGCAAUGGGGGUAUACUUCAAAUAGCCGAUUUUGGAUUGGCUCGGCCAUACGACGAGCCCCCUCCGCAACCUGGAAAGGGCGGCGGGGAGGCGAAGAGAGAAUACACCGCACUAGUCGUCACAAGAUGGUACCGACCCCCAGAACUGCUGCUUUCGCUGCGGCGGUACACAACCGCCAUCGACCUGUGGGGAGUUGGCUGUGUCUUCGGUGAAAUGUUCAAAGGAAAGCCGAUCCUUUCUGGAAGCAGCGAUCUCAACCAAGCCCAGCUGAUUUUCAGCAUGGUGGGAACUCCCAAUGAUGAGAACAUGCCCGGCUGGCGCGACCUACCGGGCUGCGAGGGCGUGAAAAACUUCGGCAACAAACGCGGAAACCUCGCUGAGUCCUUCAAGGAACUCAACCCCGUUGCCAUUUCGCUACUUGGCGAACUUCUCAAGCUCGACUGGAGAAAAAGAAUCAACGCCAUCGACGCUCUCAAACAUCCUUACUUUACUACACCCCCUCUACCCUUACACCCCGGCGAAAUCCCUACAUUCGCCGACUCACACGAACUCGACCGCAAAAAGUUCAGAGAACAACGUGCCCCAGGGCCUCCAGCACCACCCGUUGGCUCUGCCGAUCCCUCCUCCAAUGGAGGUUGGGCCAGCUCUGGCUCUCGACCAAAUUCACAGAACCCCCGGAUCCCGGGUGCAGCCCGAGGAAGGCCCAAUGGGCCCGGAGGAGGACCGGGCCAAUACCGACGCGGCCCAUUCCCACCCUCACAAAGAACGAACGGCCUUCCACCGCGCCCUCCCACUUCCUCCAAUCGACCAUAUGAAGGAGGUGGACGGGAGGACCAGCGGCGGGACCGGGACCGGGACCGAUUCAAUAACCAAGGGCAAGGAGAUCGUCCCGGGCAAGAUACCCAACCAGUAAUCUCGACUCCUAUGUACCAAGCUAUGGAAAUCCCGCGGAUCGUCCGCGAGAUGGUAGCGAAUAUGGCGGCAAUCGGCGUGAUUAUCGCCGAGAGCCGCCACGGCGGAGAAGUAGAAGUCCCAAUUUUCGGGACUCGAGUCGAUGAUAGGCCGAGAGGCCAAAUAUGA